AAAAAGGCGGGCCGAGCGCCCUUUGAACACCGACCGAUAAGACCGGUUUGAAGACGCUCAGCUCGUCGGGAGAACCCCUCAGAACUUUCGCGGCGCGGUCUUCCUUCCGUCGGAUCAACUCGAAACGCGCGUCUCCUGCCUUUCUGUUGCUGGAAGUGUGGUGGUUGCUGGAGUGUUUCGCGUCGUCUAUGAAACAUCAAACGAUGGCAUUCGGCACCUCGAUCGGCCGCUGCUCGGCGAUGUUGUGUUGCUUCGUGUUGGUGGUCACGAUUUCGCUCUGCCUCGGACUACAGAACAGCGCCACCCGCUAUCGCCACUUCGACGACUACCUGAGGAAUAUGGACUCUGAGGAGCGAGCCAUAAUCACUGACGAAACAAGUCCAGAGGGCGCUGAAGGCGGCAGUGAUGCAGAACGCAGCAUCACGACGACACCGGCCACGACGACAAGCUGGGAGAACCAGCGGGACAUCACGUGUUGCAUGCUGGGACAGAUCGCGGGCGACAAGGGUUACCACUGCUUCGCCAAGUUCUACGCGGCGCGUCUCCGGAUGCGGAACCGGAAUCGGGCUCACAACCGGAAGAUGGGCUUCUACGGCCGGAAUCGGAUCCCGGACUACGGUCACAGGCUCAUGCGCACCUUCGAGCAGUGUGUUGUGGGCGAUCACGGCACCAUCUUCCACAAGUGCUGCCACAUGGUGGCGCUCGAGCGCCGAGACCGCGUCCGCUACGACACUUCCGCUCUAGUCGCGUCGUCUGUUUCCGAGCCUGAGCUGUCGUCUGCUAGUCAACAGCAGCAGGGAGAGUCAUCUUCUGUGGGGCAUGUACGCGAGAAUAACCGCUAUCACCACGCUCACCACCGCCAGCACAGGACGCAGGAAGAAGAGACGGGUGGCCAAUCUGCGGAAAUCACUACGACGUCGACGGAAAGGCCUCAUCAUCCGAGGGUUCACCGCCAUCGCAGUAGCAAUGAUGACGCCAGCACAGACUCCGAGAGUAGUAGACGGUAAAACAGACGAGAAACAGCUUGGUCUGGACGAGUUAUGGGUGCCAUUAGGGACAUUGUCCACUAUUGUUCAACCCUGAUUGGCCAUGAAGGUUGCUAUAGCCUUUCUGAUCGCCUCAAACAUGCCACCGUUACGAAAUACGACUGUAUGGCUGUGGCGGUAGUUGACCGCGUCUAGAAUAGCACCCACUUGUUUGGCACGCUGGGCCAUAGUUGUCCGGAAUUCCCGUGGCUAUGGUUGCGCUUCGGGACUCUGUAUAAUUGCGCCAUGUUGUCAAAUUCACCAUCGUCUCAACUCUCAUUAGCCAAGGGAGCUCCACCGGCCUCUCUGAUAGGCUUUGAAAAUGACUCCGUUACCGAAUUUGACAGUGCCUAAUACAGCGUCCCUAGUUGGUGUCUGUAGUUAAUUACAAUAUGCUAUAUAUAGUUGACUAUAGCACCAAAAUCUGUGCGGCCAUUAGGUGUUUUCUGCUUCCGCAAUCGAAUCCGGUGCCUGCCGUACAUAAAAUCACAGCCUUUGAGAUUGGUGGCUGGUGCGCCACUUGGGACACCAAGUGUCGUCGAGGUUCGAGUCGUUAUUUUACUGGGCUCCGUCAAAUUAGAGUUUUCCAGAGGAUCUGUGAAUCGCAAUCGAGCCAAACACUUAAACGAAAGCUGAUGACGUAGACGAACUAAAGGCUCCCGGUUUUGUGCGAGUGUCACGAAAAUGGUCAAUGUGAUGCCGAUUGCACAGAAACAGAUGAUGUGGGCAUAGAGUGAUACAAAAAGAGGGAAAGGAUUUGCCUAUAAUAUUUGUGCUCAGUAUUCCAGACCUUGCAAGUGGCACAAAGCUUUAUUGCGCUAAGCAUUCUGAAUAGCAUUUUCACGUCACUGAUUGGCCUAAUUCAGCAAGUGUUAUCUCGUAUGAGAUUUUCGCUAUAGUGGUACCCUCUUCCCUUCUUUGAUUUUGCUACCUGCAUGCCUUGCGUGACCUUGCCAUAAGGAAAGCGAAGACGUCACGCUAUAAGAAGUUUGUGUGUAGUUUUUUAAGUAGUUUUUUAAGGUUUAUCAUGUGUAAUAAUUUUAUUCACAUCUCCUGAGAGAGAGAGAAGAUAAGGCAACAUAUACUUCUUUAUUUUGUGCGCACAUUUGUAUUUUUAUGCUGUUAUAUUGAGUAUGGCGCUGAAGUGUUCACUGCAUAGACAUGCCUGAAGCCAUCCAUACAGGCCUCAUUUCAACCUUAGAAGACAUUCGUACUUUGCCUUGUAUUUUGUUCAUCCAAACACGUAUCAUUUAAGUGUUUUCGCUCCCUUCGAAGCACGUAUAUAUGUUACAAAUAGAACGCCCACUAUUUAAGCGUGUCUGUGUGAACGAGCUUUGUUACACUGCUUAGCGAAGUACACUAUGGUACAUUGUCAGUUAGAACAACUAGAUAGACGAAUAUAGUGUCAGUGUAUUGCAAACAUUGUAUAAAAAGGGUGCUGACGCGUUGUGGUUAGAAAACGUCUGAUAGUAAAGCGUUACUGUGUCUAUACAUUUGUGUGGAAAUAUGCCAUAUUUAGUUUCUGAAUAUUGUUUCUCUGUUCUCUAUGAUAGUUACCCGUACUGUACACUCCUUUCUAUUUCCUCUUUUGUUGUUCAGCUUUUGAUGACGUGUAAUUGAUUUGCUGACUUGGCAUCAUUGUAACUAUCAAAUACUCUUGCGGAGACCGGUAUAGCAGCGAAUUGGGACAAGCAGUUUUCUAUGUGCGAGCGCGGAUGAACUCACUGCCCCCAUGACGGCUCGAUGUAAAAGAUGGAUGAGUAAGGGAUCUUAAAGAACAGGCUGGCUGAUAGGAUAAGCUUUUAUAGAUCAUCAUAAUGAUCGCGUCAUAGCUCGCGCCACAGCUCAGCUAUGCUCGUCGUCUACGGCGUAGCGUGGGUUGUUCGGAAAAGGUGCGUUCAGUGGGACACGUGGGUCGUGUGGAGAGAACAUUAAUAAAUGCAACAGCCAACCGUCCCCCUAGGUCGUGCUAAUAAAAUUUGUUCUUUUCAUGCGGUCAAUCAUAUUUUUAUAAUUAAUAUUUUCAUACCUUUUACGAAUCGCGGCAGUAAACAAGGAUGUCCGAAACAGUGAAUUAUCGCAAUUAUGAUUUGCUACUCACCGCUGUUGGAUGCAAUUAUCCCCCCCGCCCAACUUUUUUUUUUUUUGCAGACGUUCGUGAGAAUAAGUUCAUUUGGUGUUUUUCUUUAGUGCCAACGACGUGCACAACUUUGCCCGAUCUAUUUAUCUAGUCUGAACCGCGAAAGUGGCAGGAAAAUGACAAAAUUACCAGCCCGUUCCGGUGUACACGCAUCUCUAAUGGAGCGUGUAAUGUUGGCGGAAAACGGAUUCGCCUUAACGAGCCUGACGGCCAAGGAAGAGCGGUUCUUUUCCUGGAUCUUGGAAUCGUGUCGUUUCGUGCAACUGUAUUACUCUGGCGUGAAAAGGCGCCCUGUAUGUUCGUACAGUUCCGCGAAUGAACAGGUAACCAGAGAACAGGGUGUUCGCGAAACGCAAAGAAAAUAGAAGGACGAGCGCUGUACGUGAAAAGUCACGUGGUCCCUAAUGCGUCCUGCUUAAGAGGACUUGCAAGCGAAAGCCGUCGACUUUUUUUGUAUUGGUCGAUUGCAUUGAUGCCGUCGAAAGGUUUCAGCACCCAACGUGUGUCUCACAUUGCCUCCGGUAUUGGAGACAUUCGACGCCUCGCUUUUGAUCAUGGAGGCAAUGCAAAACACGCAAGCUCGGGACUUCAUUAAAUUUGUUUGUCUAUCUGUGUGGUAUCAUUUGGGACACAUGAAAACUGUGGUGGUCGGCUGACCUGUCGUCAGGACAAAUCCUACUGUUUGCGCUUUUUCCCCUGCGUCCUUUCCCUGGCUUCCUGUUCGUUCAAGGUUACGGGCCAAUUCGCCAAGCAAGCAACCUUUAGUGCAGUUCUACAAAACACAUCUCCCUCGCUUCACUUCCA